CCUCCAUGAUGCAGCAUUUGUCAAAGAUUCGCAUCCCAUCAGGAGGCGAAAAAGUCUACAAAGAUGAAUGUGUUUUCUCAUUCGAUAAUCCAGAAUCAGAGACAGGACUCUAUGUUUGUCUUAAUUCUUUCCUGGGAUUCGGAAGAAGACACGUUGAGAGGUAUUUUCGCAAGACUGGGAAUGCAGUUUUCCUUCAUUUGAGAAGGAUAAAAAGAGAGCUUCCCAAGUCAGAUGAAGAACCUGAGAAAAAGAAGCCUACCAAGCUUGCCAUAGGUAUUGAAGGAGGAUUUGCAGUGGAUGAGAAGAAGUAUGAUUUUGAAGAACACAACUCUGUGGUGGUCCUGCCAGACUGGACCAAGAUUCCACUUCCCAAUACAGAGAUCCCUGACAUGGUAUCUCUGUCAGUUGCUGCAGUGUUGGCAGCAGAGUCUGCUACCAAACUGGCAGAGGCUGCAGCCAUGGCUGGAACAUGGGAAGGAGAAAAGAGAAUUGUAUCCAAACAUGCUGAAAACUUAGUGCAACUAGACAAUGGCAAAAAGAUCCCUCCCAAAGGUUGGAAAUGCGAAAUGUGUGAUCUGACCUCAAACCUCUGGCUCAACUUGACUGAUGGCGCCAUCUUGUGUGGACGUAAAUUCUUUGAUGGUUCCGGUGGAAACAAUCAUGCUGUUGAUUACUAUGCACAAACCAAGUACCCUCUUGCUGUGAAACUGGGGACUAUUACUCCAGACGGGGCUGAUGUGUAUUCCUAUGAUGAAGAUGACAUGGUGGAAGAUCCAUAUCUGGCCAAGCACCUGGCUCACUGGGGUAUUAAUGUGGCUGCCAUGGAAAAGACUGAUAAAACCAUGCUAGAACUGGAGAUAGACUUGAACCAGAAGAUAGGAGAAUGGGAUGUCAUACAGGAAGCAGGGAGCAAGCUAGAGCCUGUCUAUGGUCCCGGCUACACUGGCAUGCAUAACCUUGGCAACAGCUGUUACAUGAACUCUACCAUGCAAGUGCUCUUUUCCGUGCCAGAGUUUAAACAGAAAUAUGCAGACCAAGCUGAGAGUUACUAUGACAGUGCUCCAUUAGACCCAACCAAUGAUUUUAAUGUUCAGAUGGCCAAACUUGGCCAUGGACUAUUGUCUGGUGAUUAUUCUAAGCCAGAGGAGCCUGAAGACAGCAAUGGAAUAAAAGUUGUGAAACCAAAUGGGAUUCGUCCACACAUGUUUAAGAACUUAAUAGGGCAAGGACAUCCUGAAUUCUCCACUAAGAGGCAGCAAGAUGCACAAGAAUUUCUACUACACUUAAUAUCAGUGAUAGAGAGAAACAGUCGUAACUCUUCCAAUCCAUGUGAUUGCUUUAGGUUUGAGGUAGAGGAGAGAAUCAAGUGUAUACAAAGCCAGAAAGUUAAAUAUACAAAGAGGGCAGAUUACAUUCUAGCUUUACCCAUCCCACUGGAUGCCUUAGUCAACAAAGAUGAAUUUGCAGCAUAUGAAUCAAAACGGAAGGAAGUAGAGGCUAGUGGUGACAGACUUGACCCUAAAGAGCUAGUCAGGCCAAAGAUUCCUCUGAAGUCAUGUAUAGAAGCCUUUGCUGCCCAGGAAAUGGUUGAUGACUUUUACAGCACUGCCCUCAAGGCCAAAUCAGUGGCCCAGAAAAUGACGCGGUUGUCCACAUUUCCAGAUUAUUUGAUCAUACAGCUGAAGAAAUUCACAAUAGGGGAUGACUGGGUACCAAAGAAGUUAGAUGUCUCUGUUGAUAUCCCAGAUGACCUUGACCUUAGUGACCUGAGAGGUCAAGGUCGUCAGCCAGGAGAGGAAGAGCUGCCUGAGGAAGCUGGAGAUCAGAGUGAAAAAGUGACAGUGGAUGAAGCUGUGGUGCAACAGCUGGCAGACAUGGGGUUUCCUGCCAAUGCCUGCAGGAAGGCUGUGUACUAUACUAAUAACACAGGGGUGGAGUCAGCUAUGAACUGGGUCAUGCAACACAUGGACGACCAAGAUUUUGCUGAGCCUCUUCAAGUUCUGGGGCAACCCAAGAGAAAUGACUUUGCCGUGAGUGAGGAAGGCCUGGCCAUGAUUAUGUCCAUGGGUUUCAGUGGCGAGCAGGCCGUCAGAGCCCUGAAAGCAACAGACAAUAACACAGAGAGGGCUGUGGAUUGGAUAUUUAGUCACGCAGACGAAUUGGACCAACCUAUGGAGACAGAGGCAGAGUCAGCAUCUGAUUCACAGCCAAAGUAUAGGGAUGGGCCAGGAAAGUACAAACUUCUUGGCUUCAUCAGUCACAUGGGAACAUCUACCCUAGUGGGCCAUUACGUGUGCCACAUACGAAAGGAAGGGAGGUGGAUCAUCUUCAACGAUGAGAAAGUUGCACUUUCAGAACACCCUCCAAAGGACUUAGCUUAUCUAUAUGUAUAUCAGAGAGUGCAGUAAGGGCUCCAUACUGUAAAAUGUAACAGAAUCAAAUUUCAAAGAGGAAAUUGUGCUUUCUGAACACACUCCUAAGGAUAUAGCCUAUCUCUGUUUUUCUCAGAGAAUACACAAAAUAUUGCAAAGUAAAUGUGAAGAAGAAUUAGAGUUAGCUGUGUCAAAGUUCUGCUUCAAAAAAACUGGGUCACUCACAUAGAUAAGGUUUUAAACUUUCACUCAAAACUAUUCUUAAAUGUAUACCAUUAUUAUUUAGUGCCUUCUGUAAAAGACUGUCAAGUGGAAAGGUGUAAACUGAGAGGGCUCAUAAAAUAUUUCUGCAAAUAUUAUCAAAACUCAAAACAAACUCAGUGCAGUUGUGUCUAUUGUAUAAUUCUCUGUUUGCAUCUUUUGGUUAUUUGUGUGGACUAUGUCAUUAUGAGUUGACGUUAUGUAAAUGUCAGUUUUAAAACACAUAGCAUUUAAAUGCUAAUAUCUGCUGUUAGAUAAGUGAUUUUACACAACAGGGUUCAUUGUGUACAACAUUUAUGUUCACUACUAUAUUAAUGUAAGGUUGAGCAUGGGAAUGUGAUGGGCCUAUUUGCAAUGAUAUAUAUUGUAACAAGAACACGUGAAAACUGCCAGUUGAAAGGAGUUUUGUAAUGUAGAAGGGAAAAGUCGCUCUGAUAACCUUUUGUUAAUGUUGGAAAUUUUUACCAAAACAUGAUGCAUCAGUAGUUCGUAUAUGUUGCAUGCUAUCUUCUACUUAGUUUGUAAUAUCACAAGGUCAACUUGGUAUAACUUAACAAGUACAACUUGAACAUUUAUCUCUAGUUGGUGAAACUGGAUGGGUUCAAAAUCCUUAAAAGUUUUCAAUUUUGUUAUGUCUACCUGGUUAAGUUUGUACAGGUGUUUGAAUAUCUAUCUCAUACUCUAGAGCAUCACAAGGGUUCAAAACCCUUUGUUCUGAUGAAGAUGCAAUUGUCCCAUUACAAAAAAGAGGACUUUAAUGUUCAAAAUGUGCCGAAGCUAUGGAUACUGGGUUGCAAUUUCACGCUUUCUGAAUUAAUGCAGUAGUUAGUCACUGUUUUACAAGUUAGCUAAGAGAAAAAAUUACUUAUGUUUGUUACAUGCAUUGUACUGCUAGAUUCAGAAAUUGCUGCGGCCACUGGUUGAUGUUUAAAAUGCAGGUUAACAGCAUU